AUGCAUGAUGCUAAGGCUAUUUUUUCUCCCAUGCCCUCAAGCUGCAAACUUACAAGGAUUGGGUCCAAUUAUUUUGCUGAUCCACACUUGUAUCGUUCUAUAGUAGGAGCUCUUCAAUAUGCCACCAUCACUCGCCCUGAAAUUACCUUUGCAGUAAACAAAGUCUACCAGUUCAUGAGUCAACCCUUGGAAGAUCACUGGCAAGCUGUGAAACGUAUCUUAAGAUAUCUAAAAGGGACCUGCACAUAUGGACUGCUUAUUCAGGCUACAAAUCCUCAGGUUCCAUUCUCUUUGACAUCCUAUUGUGAUUCUGACUGGGCCAGUGAUCCAGAUGAUAGAAGAUCAACUUCUGGAGCUUGUUUAUUCUUGGGUCCAAAUCUGGUUUCUUGGUGGUCAAAGAAACAGACCCUUGUUGCCAGAUCUACAGCUGAGGCAGAAUAUAGAAGUCUGGCUCUUGCUUGUUCAGAAGAUCACUCUUUAGAGAACUGCAGCUUCCUCUGUCAACACCUCAAAUUUUCUGUGAUAAUUUGA